UUGACAUAUGGGCUCGGUUAAGAAAUGGGCCACAUUGUAAGGCCCAAAACUCCAAUUCGUUCUUUCCAGGUCUCUCCGUCUUGCUUCUCUAAUGUACAUUUUCUCUUCCGUCCUCUCCAGACAAAAAAAUCUCAGCUUGGUGGAUUGCCCUGCUGCUCAGUUCCGGUGAGUUCCUCCGGCAACGAUUCAACCCUGAAUCGCCUUUCUCUCUAUUUUCCAUAUUCCACCGCUUACGGAUCAAUUUGAUGUUGGAAAAUCUGUCACUGCUAAAAGUGCUUUCUUCCUCCUAGAAAGCUGAAUUGCCUUGCGGGGGACGCGGCGGCGGUUAUUGCUUUUGUGAUGUGGGGGGGAUUCUCUCAUUCUUUAGGACUUGACUGUGUUAAUGCUCAGUGUUGAACUUCGAUUCUUCUGGAUAAGGAGUCAAUUUAGAACUGAUUCCGCUCCUGUUUUGUUGUAUCGUUGUGUAGACCUGCAAGUCCCCAAUUGUUCUCCCGGUGGUUUCUGGGUAUCUUCAGAGGGUUUUGUGUGGCUGCUGAACUCGAACCACAAUGGGGAUCAUUGAGAAGAUUAAAGAAAUCGAGGCCGAGAUGGCUCGGACCCAGAAGAAUAAAGCCACAGAGUACCAUCUUGGUCAGCUCAAGGCGAAAAUCGCAAAGCUUAGGACACAGCUGUUGGAGCCUCCGAAAGGUUCUAGUGGAGGUGGUGAUGGUUUUGAAGUUACAAAAUUUGGUCAUGGACGAGUUGCACUUAUUGGGUUUCCAAGUGUGGGGAAGUCAACUCUUUUAACUAUGUUGACGGGGACCCAUUCGGAAGCUGCAUCAUACGAGUUUACAACACUUACCUGUAUUCCUGGCAUCAUACACUACAAUGACACAAAAAUUCAGCUGCUUGAUCUUCCUGGAAUCAUUGAAGGUGCUUCUGAAGGAAAAGGACGUGGAAGACAAGUUAUUGCUGUUGCAAAGUCUUCGGACAUAGUUUUGAUGGUUCUUGAUGCUUCCAAAAGCGAGGGUCAUCGUCAGAUAUUGACAAAGGAACUGGAAGCCGUGGGAUUGCGUUUAAACAAGAGACCCCCUCAAAUUUAUUUCAAGAAGAAAAAAACUGGCGGAAUCUCUUUCAACAGUACUAUGCCUUUGACUCAUGUUGAUGAAAAGCUCUGUUACCAGAUUCUACAUGAGUACAAGAUUCACAAUGCAGAGAUCCUAUUUCGUGAGGAUGCCACAGUGGAUGAUUUUAUAGAUGUGAUCGAGGGUAAUCGUAAAUACAUGAAGUGUGUAUAUGUCUACAACAAGAUAGAUGUUAUUGGUAUUGAUGACGUCGACAAUCUAGCUCGACAGCCCAAUUCUGUUGUCAUCAGCUGCAAUUUGAGGCUCAACUUUGACAGACUGCUUGCAAAGAUGUGGGAGGAAAUGGGGCUUGUGAGAGUCUACACAAAACCACAAGGCCAACAACCCGAUUUUGGUGAUCCCGUGGUUCUGUCAGUAGACAGAGGAGGUUGCUCAGUCGAGGACUUCUGUAACCACAUCCACAGAAGUUUAGUCAAGGAUGUGAAAUACGUGCUGGUAUGGGGCAUCAGUGCACGACAUUAUCCGCAGCACUGUGGUCUUGCUCACGCUCUUCAAGAUGAGGAUGUUGUCCAAGUUGUCAAGAAAAAGGAAGGGAAUGAAGGAGCGAGAGGCCGGUUUAAGUCACAUUCCGAUGCUCCUGCUCGGAUAUCCGACAGACAAAAGAAGGCGCCUCUGAAGCAGUGAACAUCGAUCGAGAGACAAACCCCCUGGGAGACGGGUUGCAUCGAAUUAGGACCUGCGUUAGUUGGCAGCACUGUUCUUGUUAUAUGUUUGUACCAAAAUCAUGCCGAGGAGCCCGUCUUGAAUGAAUGCUUUGCUCAUGUUUUCAUUGCUGCAUGAAUCAAGAGGACUUACCUCUAUUCCAGAGGACAUAGAUUUGAAAUUUUGUCACCAAUGGUGGGUGCUUGAGAUGAAUACCUGUUCUAAAGUUGGAAGGAGGCACGAUCUAUUAUAGAGUUCUGUUGGGUUCUUGUAUUUGUUUUGUUUUACCUUGUCCUAUUUUGGUCAUGUUCCCUCUGUAUGAGCGGUGUAUCUAGCAUCCUAGUAGAACGCUUCAGAGUGCUACCUGUUUAGAAGGCAAAAGCAACUAUCUUGACCUAAACAGUUAGAUCUCAAGCAUCAUAUUCAGAACCGAUGGAUGGUAUGAAUGAUGAACUAGUUCAAGAGCAAUUCUACUAUGCUAUAUAGUAUUGGUGUUUUAAUGUACAAUUUGAAGUUGUACCAUAACAUUAAAUGUACAAGUUUAGGUUGUACCAUAAAAGAAUUUGUAUCACUAUGUUAUGGUACAACUUUACAACUUGAAGUUGUACCAUCACAUAAGGUACAAGUUUAAGUUGUACCAUAAAAGAAUUUGUACAAAAAGUAUAGGUACAAUCUGAAGUUGUAUCAUAACAUUAAAGGUACAAUUUCAAGUUGUACCAUAAAGGUAAAAACCUAUAGCACCAAUGCUAUAUAGCAUUGUAAAAUUCCUCCUAGUUCAAUUGUUCAAACGUGGUCAAUGUAGUGAAAAAGGAAACUGUAGACACGGUCUGCGAUAUGAGGCACAAGGCAAACAACAAACAUUUGAACGGUUAUGGGAUGGGGUCUGGGCGGGAGUGUCAAGUCAUCAACGGCGGCGGACGAGUAUAAACUCCGGCGCAUCUUCUGCAUGCAUUGCCAAGAGUACGGUGCUAGCUAGCUGCCUCUACUCUCUACCUACCAUCGAAACAGAAUCCAGAGUCAAUAUUCUUGUCGUCUCUGGUUGAUCGAACACCAUCUCCUUGUUGUCUAUUGCAUUGCUUGCAUGCGGUGUUUUAGUGAACUCUUCAACAACAAAAAAGUUAGCGCGAGAAAGAAAAAGAGAGAGCUCAGUUGUGACAAAUUUUCAUCAGAAACGGAUGAGAGAGCGUGAAUGGACCGUACCAAUCAUCGCAAAGUCCAGUUAACCUCACAGCCCUUGAUGCACCAGCCGUGGCAGGGUACUAUUCUACCACUAGACCACUGGUGCUUCAUAUUGUUUCUCUCUUACUAAUCAGUUUUAUACCAUUUUAAGUUAUCGCUAUCUACACUUGGAAUUUGGUAAGACAACUACCACUAUUACAUGUGGACAUUUUCAUCCAUGCAAAAUUAGUUGGCAACAGUGCUGUCAAUUCAUCAAUCAUAUUAAAAUUACAUGCUAAAAAUGACAAGGAAAAUAAAAGUUUUAUGAUCUGCAGCAUCACCAUUGCAUGAAUACAACCCACUACGUAAUCUUACACUAGUUACACAGCUAGCUUGCCCAAUUGAGCAGCAAAAGGACCUCGGAAGAAAAAAGAACAAAAUGGGAGCCGGCGGCAAACUGACUCGUGAUUCAGCAAGCAAGUAAAAAGAUCGAGAAGCUCAAUGGGGUUGUUAGUGAAGAUGAUCUGAAAGUCUUGCAACGGAAACUGGACGGAACUUGUGAGGGUUCAAUUCUCAACUCAACGCAUCUAUUAAUUGUAUAUGUAAGAAGUUGUAAACCAAAGUAACCCAUCGAAACAAACUACCAUAUCGAUC